AUUCGACAGAACACCGGCAGCUGCGGAACCAAGCUGAAGACGGACCUGUUUAACUAGCAAUGAAGGCUGAUUCGGGAGAGCGCGUCUGUUAGAGGCGGUUCGGCUUGUAAUGGCGAGUUUAGCAGGCUGGGUUAGCUUUCAGCUUCUCUAGUCUAGAUUUCACGAGCUGGGGGUUGUUGGUUUGUUUUGUUUUCCACGAACAACAUCGACAACUUUGCUAGCGCUGCGUCGUAGCUGUAAUGUUAGUGAGGAGGCUAAGCUAAGCUAACUUGCAGUCUGGCUGCUUCAAUAGGACACGGUCAGCUAGCUUAGCUUUGGCUAGCUAGGUUACACGUCGACAGAUUUGGGCUGAUUUUAAACCAUUCCAUCUCACUGCACACGGCUGCUGGUUGGGGCUUUUGCACACGGCUGUGAAUGGUAGUGUAUAGUAAGGGUAUGUCCCUUCUGGAGAGAGGUGCCAAUGUCCAACCGGCCUAAUUCCAAUCCAGGGGGGUCACUGCGCCGUUCACAGAGGAACACAGCCGCGGCCCAGCCACACGACCACACACUUGCUGGAAGGUUGCAGUCAGAGCACGCCAAACAAAAAGCAAUUUCCCCACCUGAAAGUAGAAGAUCAUAUUCUAAAGCUUCCAAAGCCCCGCCCACCACAGCCGCUGGCUCCGCCCGUGGCCACACCUCCCGCAGAAACAGUCUCUCUCACUCAGUAUCAGAUCCAGAUUCAGAAGCAGCAGGAAGUUCAGGCCAGCAGGAGCAGCGUGAAGGCGGCAGCUCUAGCGUUAGCAACGUUAGUUCCAGUCGCUCUCUCAAAAGAAACUCUGCCCCUGAGCACAACAGCACCGGCUCCUAUUCCCCGAGUCCAGCCAAGCGGCCCAAAGCCCAUUCCGAAGGCUCAGUCGCCGGGCCCUCGGACCCACCCGGAGCCUCUGAGCCCAAAUCCAAGUCCAAGAAGCGCCGGUUAGCGUCGGAGCUGCCCCCCAAGGCCGCCAGUCGAAAGAGCAGCCCGGGUCCCGGGCCUAGCGGGGCCUCCAGCGCCUCCUCUGCCUCUCACAAACGAAAGAAAGCCGACGCUUCCUCCUCGUCCUCUUCCUCUUCGUCCUCCUCGUCCUCUUCCUCGUCUCUCGGGGGCCCACCGCCCCCCCGCAGCGACACCGGCCGGCCAGCCAAACCCUCCAAGCUGGCGUCCAAACCGGCCGCAUCAGCCAAAGCCGGGUGCAGCGCCGUCACCGACUCCUCCUCCUCCUCUGCCUCUUCUUCCUCCGCAUCCUCCUCUUCUUCCUCCUCGGCGGCCACAGGCGUGAACAGCUGCGCCCCUCCGCAGGGUGCCCGGCUGAAGCAGGGUAAGGACCAGAGUAAAUCACGCAGAUCUCGCUCGGCCUCCUCCCCCUCGCCCCGCAGGAGCAGCCGCGAUAAGGAGCAGCCCAAAGCCGCGGGAUCCUCCAAGUUUGAGUGGACGUCUCGUUUCAACCCCAAAGUCAACCUGCCAAAGCCCAGACUGUCCCUGCCCGGGUCAUCCAAGCCGGAGAGCUCGUCCAAACCCGGACCGUCCGGACUGCAGGCCAAACUUGCAAGUUUGAGGAAGUCCAGUAAGAAGCGUAGUGAGUCUCCCCCAGCAGAGCUCCCCAGCUUUAGGAGGAGCACACGCCAGAAGACCACGGGCUCCUGCGCCAGCACCAGUCGGCGAGGCUCUGGCCUGGGAAAGCGCGGGGCAGCCGAUACUCGCCGACAGGACAAAAUGGCCGACUCCGACAACAACCAGGAUGGAGCAAACUCGUCGGCAGCAAGAACAGAGGAGACGCCCCAGGGAGCUUCAGCCUCUAGCUCAGUGGCCGGAGCUGUGGGUAUGACCACAUCUGGAGAGAGCGAGUCGGAUGACUCUGAAAUGGGCCGAUUACAAGCCCUACUGGAGGCCCGUGGUCUCCCCCCUCACCUGUUUGGGCCCCUUGGACCUCGAAUGUCCCAACUGUUUCACCGCACCAUUGGCAGCGGUGCCAGUUCAAAAGCUCAGCAGCUGCUGCAGGGAUUGCAGGCUACAGGUGAUGAGUCUCAGCAGCUUCAAGCGGCUAUAGAGAUGUGCCAGCUGCUGGUGAUGGGUAACGAGGAGACACUGGGCGGCUUCCCCGUGAAGAGUGUUGUCCCUGCCCUGAUCACACUGUUACAGAUGGAGCAUAAUUUUGAUAUUAUGAACCAUGCCUCUCGUGCUCUGACCUAUAUGAUGGAGGCCCUGCCUCGCUCCUCCGCUGUUGUGGUGGAUGCAAUCCCAGUCUUCCUGGAAAAGCUUCAGGUGAUCCAGUUUAUUGAUGUGGCGGAGCAGGCUCUGACCGCUCUGGAGAUGCUGUCACGGCGGCACAGCAAGGCCAUCCUGCAGGCUGGCGGGUUAGCGGACUGUUUGCUGUAUCUGGAGUUUUUCAGCAUUAACGCUCAGAGGAAUGCGUUAGCUAUAGCCGCUAACUGCUGUCAGAGUAUAACUCCAGAUGAGUUCCACUUCGUGGCCGACUCUCUGCCUCUGCUCACCCAGAGACUUACACACCAGGAUAAGAAAUCUGUGGAAAGCACAUGUCUGUGUUUUGCCCGGCUGGUGGACAACUUUCAGCAUGAAGAGAAUCUGCUGCAGCAGGUCGCAUCCCGGGACCUGCUGACCAACAUCCAGCAGCUGUUGGUGGUCACUCCACCCAUACUGAGCUCCGGGAUGUUCAUUAUGGUGGUCCGCAUGUUCUCCCUCAUGUGCUCCAACUGCCCAUCCCUUGCAGUCCAGCUGAUGAAGCAGAAUAUUGCAGAAACUCUGCGCUUUCUGCUUUGUGGAGCAUCUAACGGGAGCUGUCAGGAGCAGAUUGAUCUGGUACCCAGAAGCCCCCAGGAACUUUACGAGCUCACAUCGCUUAUAUGUGAGCUGAUGCCGUGCCUCCCUAGAGAGGGCAUCUUUGCGGUUGAUGCCAUGCUCAAAAAGGGCAGUGCCCACACUGCAGAAGGUGCUGUUUGGCAGUGGAGGGAUGACCGUGGCCUUUGGCAUCCCUACAACCGCAUCGACAGCCGCAUCAUUGAGACGGCCCACCAGAACGGUGAAGAUGAGAUCAGUCUGUCUACGCUGGGCCGUGUUUAUACCAUUGACUUUAACUCUAUGCAGCAGAUUAACGAGGACACCGGUACAGCCAGAGGCAUCCAGAGAAAACCAAACCCACUGGCCAAUCCCAACACUGGAGGUCAUCUGGAGGUGCGUGGUGAGGACGCUCGCGCUCAGCUGAUGAAGGAGGACCCUGAGCUGGCAAAGUGUUUUAUAAAGACGCUGUUCGGUGUGCUGUAUGAAGUUUACAGCUCCUCUGCCGGACCUGCCGUCAGACACAAGUGCCUUAGAGCUAUCCUCCGCAUCAUCUACUUUGCAGAUGCUGAGCUGCUGAAGGACGUCCUGCGCAACCACGCUGUGUCCAGUCACAUAGCCUCCAUGCUCUCCAGUCAGGACCUGAAGAUUGUAGUAGGCUCACUGCAGAUGGCAGAGAUCCUCAUGCAGAAACUUCCUGACGUGUUCAGCGUCUAUUUCAGAAGAGAAGGUGUGAUGCACCAGGUGAAGAACCUGGCUGAGUCAGAGACGUUUUUCACCAGCCCCCCCAAGGCUUGCACAAGUGGGACCACCAGCCUUUGCACCACAACCAUCACAACGGCAACCACCACUGCCGCGUCCAACGUCACUCCGGACCUCGGCUCUCCAAGCUUCCAGCAUAGCAUGGAUGACUCCCUGGACCUCAGCCCGCAAGGUCGUCUGAGUGAUGUUUUGAAGAGGAAGCGGCUGCCGAAGCGAGGACCACGCCGCCCCAAAUACUCUCCCCCCAGAGACGACGAUAAAGUGGACAAUCAGGCUAAGAGUCCAACCACUACAGCGUCCCCUAAAUCCUCCUUCCUGGCCAGUCUAAACCCUAAAACCUGGGGCAAGCUGGGAACCCAGACCAACAGCGCCAACUCCGAGCCAUCCCGCACGGCCGGGGUCAGCGGCCUCGCCAGAGCCACGCCCAAAGACUCUGUCUCUAAUAACAGAGAUAAGAUUAAAGCGUGGAUUAAGGAGCAGGCCAGUAAAUUUGUAGAACGAUAUUUUAACUCUGAGAACGUGGACGGCAGCAACCCAGCACUCAACGUCCUGCAGAGACUCUGUACUGCUACAGAGCAACUACAUCUGCAGGUUGACCGGGGUGUGGAGUGUCUGGUAGAGAUCUGCAGUAUCGUGUCUGAGUCGGACGUGUCGUCGUUUGAGAUCCAGCACAGUGGACUAGUGAAGCAGCUGCUGCUCUAUCUGACCUCGAACAGCGAGAGAGACACGGUCAGCAGAGACCAGAGGAUCAAGAGGUUCCUGCACAUCUUCUACGGCUGCCCUAUGCCGGGGCAGGAGACGUUGUUCCGCUUGGAGCCGACAGAGAACGGUCCACUGCUGGCACUGGUGCACAAAAUGAACAGCUGUCUGAGUCAGAUGGAGCAGUUUCCCGUUAAAGUUCACGACUUUCCCAGUGGCAACGGAAACGGCAGCAGAGGUUCACAAGCCCUGAAGUUCUUUAACACACACCAGCUGAAGUGCCAGCUGCAGAGACACCCAGACUGCACCAACGUCAAGCAGUGGAAGGGAGGGCCUGUUAAAAUCGACCCCCUGGCGUUGGUACAGGCCAUCGAGAGAUAUCUUGUUGUUAGAGGUUACGGCAGAAUCAGAGAAGAGGAUGAAGACAGUGAUGACGAUGGUUCAGAUGACGAAAUUGACGAAUCAUUGGCUGCUCAGUUCCUGAACUCAGGCAGCGUUCGGCACCGGCUGCAGUUUUACAUCGGAGAGCAACUGCUGCCCUACAACAUGACUGUCUACCAGGCAGUGAGACAGUUUAGCCUUCAGCCAGAGGAGGAGCGAGAGAGCACUGACGACGAGGCUAACCCACUCGGACGUGCAGGAAUAUGGACCAAAACGCACACUAUAUGGUAUAAGCCGGUGAGGGAGGAUGAGGAUGGUUGUAAAGACGCUGUUGGAGGGAAAAGGGGCAGAGCUCAGACUGCUCCCACCAAGACCUCCCCACGCAAUGCAAAGAAGCAGGACGAGUUGUGGCACGAUGGUGUAUGUCCAAGCGUCUCAAACCCGUUGGAGGCGUACCUCAUAUCUGAUCCUCCAGAGGGAAUCACUUUUGAUGAUCCCUCCCUGGAGGUCAUUCUGCUGCUGAGGGUUCUGCACUCUAUUAGCAGAUACUGGUUCUACCUCUAUGAAAAUGCUGUGUGUAAGGAGAUCAUCCCCACUAGUGAGUUCAUUAACAGUAAACUGACAGCGAAGGCCAACCGGCAGCUGCAGGACCCGCUCGUCAUCAUGACAGGAAACAUCCCCACCUGGCUCACCGAACUGGGAAAGACCUGUCCGUUCUUCUUCCCGUUCGACACGCGGCAGAUGCUGUUUUACGUCACUGCGUUUGACCGGGACCGAGCUAUGCAGCGGCUGCUGGACACCAACCCUGAAAUUAACCAAUCAGAUUCGCAGGAUAGCCGAGUGGCCCCGCGACUUGACAGGAAGAAGAGGACGAUAAACCGAGAGGAGCUGCUGAAGCAGGCGGAGUCAGUGAUGCAGGACCUGGGCAGCUCCAGAGCCAUGCUGGAGAUUCAGUACGAAAACGAGGUGGGAACGGGUCUGGGCCCAACACUGGAGUUUUAUGCUUUGGUGUCUCAGGAGCUGCAGAGAGCUGAUCUGGGUCUGUGGAGAGGAGAAGAGGUCACACUUGCUAACCCAAAAGGGAGUCAGGAGGGCACGAAGUACAUGUUUAGUUCCAGAGGGCUGUUCGCCGUGCCGUUCGGCCGCAGCACCAAACCUGCACACAUCGCCAAGAUCAAAAUGAAGUUCCGCUUCCUUGGGAAACUCAUGGCCAAAGCCAUCAUGGACUUCAGACUGCUGGACCUGCCGCUGGGCCUGCCAUUCUAUAAGUGGAUGUUGAGGCACGAGUCGUCCAUCAGCUCUUUCGACCUCGUUAACAUCGACCCUGGAGUGGCCAAAUCUAUCCAGCACCUGGAGGACAUCAUCAGACAGAAGAGGAGACUGGAGCAGGACCAAUCACAUACGAGGGAGACGCUGCAGCUCGCUCUGGAGAGUCUGAAUAUGAACGGCUGCUCGGUGGAGGAUCUGGGACUCGACUUCACGCUGCCUGGAUUCCCAAACAUCGAGCUGAAGAAGGGCGGGAAGGACGUUCCUGUGACCAUACACAACCUGGAGGAGUAUUUGAGGUUGGUGGUCUACUGGACUCUAAAUGAGGGAGUUUCACGGCAGUUUGAGUCGUUCAGGGAAGGAUUUGAAUCUGUCUUUCCCCUCCACCAUCUGCAGUACUUCUACCCCGAGGAGCUUGAUCAGCUGCUGUGCGGCAGUAAGUCUGAGACGUGGGAUGUGAAAACUCUGAUGGAGUGCUGCAGACCCGACCAUGGAUACACACACGACAGCCGGGCAGUGCGGUUCCUCUUUGAGGUCCUAAGCAGUUUUGAUGCUGAGCAGCAGAGACUCUUCCUCCAGUUUGUUACUGGGAGCCCCAGACUACCGGUGGGAGGUUUCCGGAGUUUGAACCCUCCCCUGACCAUCGUACGCAAAACGUUCGAGUCGACGGAGAACCCGGACGACUUUCUGCCGUCGGUGAUGACGUGCGUGAACUACCUGAAGCUGCCGGAUUACUCGAGCAUCGAGAUCAUGCGCGAGAAACUGUUGAUCGCAGCUCGCGAAGGACAGCAGUCCUUUCAUCUGUCCUGAUCGCCCGCACUCACGCAGAAAUGCCUUCAGAACCCAAACCCACACACAUCGCCACUUCCUCCCUUCCUCCACACUUUUCUAUUGUUUUCCUCUUUUUCCUCCUUUUGUUUUUUCUUUUUUGUUUUGUUUUUUAAGCUCCUCUGAGGCGGAGUGUAACCGCUGCCUCGCUGUUUAGGGAAAAAGCAGCUUCUGGAAAUAAAAGUUGAAGAAAAGAC